AAUUAAUGCCUCGUUUCUUGUCGAUGACAUAUUGUGUUUGUGAUACGAUAAUGGAAGUAAGAUUUAUUAAUGCCGCCAUUAUGAUAAAGUGUAUUUUGUGCCAUCCCCGACACAAAAAUUUGCAUCUUCGGAAUCGAUCUUGUACAUCAGAACAUAAUCAAUCAAAAUGAAAAACGAAGCUUUGUUAUUUUCGUAAAUUCUCUUCCCCAGUAUUUUGUCGAUGAUCGGAAUUACAAGCGAAAUUAACCGGCAUUUGUAUAUUUUUUUGGAAAACAAAGCUUUCAGGCAAACUUUUCCAUUAAAAAACAUUCUAUCGGCAGACGCGAUUUGAUUCGAGAUGAUUUUAAUAGAGCGAGCGACUUUUUAAGAAUUUUUCCGGCCUGGAGGCUCCAUCAAUAAUGCAACACUGAACUCAAGUAACAUCCUUAAAGUGGAUUUCGUUUUCGCAACACAUUACAUGAUUAAUGAAUUCAUCUUUGCGUCCACGACAGUGCUUAAAAGCGUUCAAAAGACCGUAAAAGUUUCAUUUUAAAUUAGUAUUUCCUUGCCAGAAUCGCUCCAAAUUAGACGUUUCCGUACCAAAUAUUUUUUACGAUCCCGAAAUCGUUUGACCUAGAAGUGAAGUCAGACGCGUAAAAUUCGAUAACGUGUGAUGGACCCCAAACAAGUGUAAACUUAGAAAUGCGAGGAUUUUCCUCCCGAAUUCAUUUUUUCCAUUCGCAAGUUGUAGGUAUUAUUGUCAUGACGUUAGGACCAACUAAGUGCUCUUCAGCUAUGUUAACGUCAUCUGCAACGAGCUAAUAAAUUAAAUUAAUGUUCGAAAUUUGCUACCGUGGAUAGGGCAUUAAUUUAUUCUUCAAUUGCUGAAACUUUACUUGAGAAAUUGUCUUUGUUGGGCUUUUUUGAAGCUCCCUUUGUGUGAAACGAAUGGCUGAAAUACGGUGUUUGUUACACGAGUCCACAAGAUUUCUUGAAAGCUUUGUUCCCUUAGUUAAACCCAACAUUUUGCUUUGAUUCAGCACAAAUCUUUCAUGUAUUCUAGCCGAACAGCAUGUUUUUGUGCAAUUAAGGAGAUGUAAUACAGCGCGGUUACUAACCUAUCCUCGAAUUUGCUAAAGCUACUUUUGAUCUCUCCUUCUAGCGACACGAUAUCAAAGAAACACGUAAAUAUAAGCUAAAUUGGGAAGGAGCAUUGAAACCACAUGUAGGUUUUUGACUUUGACGAUAAUCAAAAGCCAAUUUACUUCGAUUUCUUGAAGAAAACGAAAUGAAUACUUAUUUCAUUACGGUCCAUGAAGCUAAAUGCAAAAAGUGAAAUUUAAUUAAACUUCAAAAGGGAAUUUGCUAUUUUUCAACCAAUCAAAUGCUAAUUUUGGAGACAAUUAGAUACUUUUUGUUUCAGCUCACUUUACAAGAGCCAGCAGUAAAUUUCGUCCUAACAAUAAAAACGCUCAAAGAACCAGCUUCACUUGAUUUAUUAUGAGAGUUGUUUUGUGCCGAAUCAAAAAGUCUUAAAUCACAUCUAUCGAUAAUGACGUGAAUUGAAGAGUUGAGGUGAGGGUAACAAUUUUUCCUGUGUGCUUUAUUAUGACGAAUCAGUCGAUCUGUUCACUCCCUUCAUGUUUUCAGUUUAUUGAUCAAAUAAAUAAUGUUUAACACUGAACAACAAAACUCUAGUCUAUGCUUAACUUAAAUACAAAUACAUUUCAGCGGAAACAUUUUACCUUCCUUUUAUAUUUUUAACAAGAAAUUUAAAAACAUCCAGGAAAUGCAUACCUAAAUGAAAUUAAUAUUUUCAGCAAGUAUUCACUACCUGUGCUUUUACUUGAAUUAUCUCUGCUCCUUUUAAACCCUUUAUUUUGAAAAAUUUUAACAAGAACAAGUAUCAAACCUCUACCGUUUGCACUGUUUGAUUUUUUUACAAGAUAAUUUAUUUUUGCUCGAAUCAAAAGACUUGACAGAAAUCACUAUAAAACUGAUAAGUGUUCGAAAAAACGUAGUUAUAAAUGUUAUUAAACUUUACGCCGCGCAGCUCGCAAAUUGUCUGAUAAAAUUUUAAAAAUUGCUAACAAUUAGUAACUUUCUGAAGGUGCGAUAACGAGUGAAGUUUUGCACCGUAUUGUCCAAUUGGAAUCGUUUAAUUUGACAAGUUGUGCAACAAGUCCCGAGGUGUGACCAUUUUGCAACAUCACAUAAAGUUUUAUCGCACUGCACCUAAAAUGAGCGGAAGUUACAGUGUAAUAUUUUACCGUUUUGUCCAAUUAACGUUUCCUCAUGUCGCGAUAUUUAACUUUGGUGGCGGUGGGAGACCAUCUGAGCAACAAGACCGAGCUUUUGCUCAAAUACACCGGAAUUCACGACUUGGGUGUAGCAAGGUUCGAAAACAACGUCCAAAGCAUUAUAGUGGAUCGAAUGGCCUGGAUGGUGCACUUUGUCGAUACUGAAUGUGACGACGACUACGAAAUUUUGCGAAGACAAGCUUAUGAUGAGGCUGAUUGCAUUCUGCUGUGUUACUCGGUUAAAGUGAAAUCGAGUUUUGAGAAUGUGUAUAAGAAGUGGUGUUUGGAAGUUCGUAAAUGUGCCCCUCUUGUCCCUGUCAUCUUGAUAGGUACCGAUAUUGAAGCUCGCGCCAACAAUAAUGGCACAAUAUCGACUGAACAAGGAGAAAAUUUAAAAUUACUUAUUGGAGCUUACGCCUUUGUGGAAUGCUCAAUUGAACAUUUCCUCGGCAUUGACGACAUUUUUAUCGAGGCCGUGCGGAGCACCUACCACCGAAAGAAAUUCUGAAACACUUCCGUCACUUCAUUUCCCUAUUCUUUAUUUUAAUCAAUCCAAAUGUUAAAUUUGCUGUCAGCGUUUCAAUGGAGAAGGAUAACUUAAUAAAAAUCUGUCAGACAAAUAACAAAAAUCUCUUUACUGCCUUGCUCUAACAAAGGCUCAACGUAAUGGAUUUUUUACAAAAGGUAUACGCAUCGUAUUACGUUACGU